CCCCACUACAGAGCUCAGUCGCACUCGACACUCCGCAGCGAACAGACGUGUACUCCGCUAACAACGGUACAUUCGCAUUGGAUAUUUCGUCAUAACAACAUUGUGCUUCAGUGACAACAUUUUCCUGGACGUGCAAGUGGGAGUGUUACUCUUGAUUAAACUUGAACUACUGUGAACUUCGUGAACGAUUGUGUUUCGGCAAUUUAAAGUGAUAUUAUGACAUUGUUCCUUCAACUUGGAUAAUUCCGGAUAAAGAGAUCAUAAAAACCGCAAUAAUUUUUAACCAUAUAGAAGAUUCGUGCGGACCAGGAGUCGUCCGCCGCAACAUGGUGGCCGAGUUCAUACUGAGCCAGCAGCAGCUGCUGAGCGGCGCGGGCGGGCUGGGCGCGCCGCCGCGCGGGCCCACGCCGCUCGGCCGCCUGUCCGCGUCCCCACACUACCAGGACGGGCCCAACAGCGGGCCCUCCAGCGAGCACGACUACCCCAACUCCUUCGAGUUCAACAAGCGCAAGGAGUUCUUCGGCCAGCGCAAGCAGCGCGAGUUCAUCCCCGACAACAAGAAGGACGACGGCUACUGGGACCGCCGCCGCCGCAACAACGAGGCCGCCAAGCGCUCGCGCGAGAAGCGCCGCUUCAACGACAUGGUGCUGGAGCAGCGCGUCGUGGAGCUGUCCAAGGAGAACCACGUGCUGAAGGCGCAGCUCGACGCCAUCAAGGAGAAGUACGGCAUCUGCGGCGAGGCGCUCAUCAGCAUCGACCAGGUGCUGGCCACGCUGCCCACGUGCGACCAGGUGCUGUGCGUGACCAAGCGCAGCAAGCUGUCCCCGGCGCUGUUCCCCGGCGCGCCGCCGCCGCCGCCCGGCGCCGCCCCCCCCGCGCCCUCCCCGCCGCCGCCGCGCGCGCCCGAGCCCUACCCGGAGCGCCUGCCCGCGCCCGACCCCUACUACCCGCACCCGGCGCACUACGAGCCGCCCGGCUCCGUGCUCAACCUGUCCCGCUCGCGCCGCGCGCCCUCGCCCUACGAGCUGUGCUCGCUGUCCGGCUCCGGUGACGAGGCGGCCGAGCAGUACGCGCCCGAGAACAACUGCCUGCCGCUCAAGCUGCGGCACAAGUCGCACCUCGGGGACAAGGACGUGGCCAGCGCGCUGCUGUCGCUGCAGCACAUCAAGCAGGAGCCGGGCCCGCGCUCGUCGCCCUCGUGGGACGGCGAGGGCUCCAGCGACGAGCGCGACUCCGGCAUCUCGCUGGGCGCCGAGUACCGCCCGCCCGCCGAGCGCCUGCCCGAGGAGGAGGACGCGCACCUCAAGGCGGAGCUGGCGCGGCUCGCCACCGAGGUCGCCACGCUCAAGAACAUGAUGCACCAGAACAAGCGCGCGCACGAGCACUGAGCGCCGCCCCCGCGCCCCGCGCCCCGCCCCCGCUGCGCCUGGACCGCGCACGCGCCGCCGCCGCCGCCGCCGCCGCCCCGCCGCCGCCCGCCGGCGCCGCUCUUGUUCGUACAAACUGUCUCAACCUCCCCUCCCUAGUAGUCAGAGUUACCACGAUGUAAAGAGAUGAAUAUUUAUAUUGUAUCAUAUAUGUUGUGCAGCUCUAAGCCGCGGCCAAGCCGGAUUGCCUAAUUAUAAUCCUUCCUAGUAGAUGUAUGUAUCGUGUCGUGCUCGAUGUCGUGUAUAGUGUAGGUAGUAGAGACCGCGGUGGAUCCGACUAUGAAUAUGAGACUAAUUUCGGUUUAUGGAUUUUUCGAACAGAUCAAACGUUCUACUCAGUGAUAGAAUUAAUAAAGAAAAUGUUGCAUUUGUUAGUGGUGAGCUAUGUAUAUGUAAUGUAAGGCGGUAGAUCUGUUUCAUCUAUUCGAAGACUCGUUAGAAAAUCGAUGGCUAAAGACUAUGUUCUUCUAAGUUUAGCGUAAGUUUGUCGUAAGUAAUUUUAAGUCCAACAUAGGUAGUUAUUUAUAAAAUUAAUGUAUAGUCUUUCUCAUUCGAAAUGCCCGAUAAGUUCCAAACCAAAAAAAUUAAGUGUAAGGCUUUUCUGUCUAACCUUUUCUGAUUAGUCGUAAGAUUUCAAAUUGCAGAAUUAUAUAAAUACCAGUGCCUUUGACAAUACAUACCUACCUAUGAGUAAACUUCCUAAAGUAAUAUUUUUAUACAUUUAUUAGUAGAGAGGCGAUUUAAUUUCACUGUAAGUAAAUAAGUCACCUUAACAUAUUUUAUGAAUGUGUCGAGUCCUACCUAUCUCAGAUAGAGAAUAAAUAAGUAUUUCAGAUCGUAUUGUAGAUAUAUCCUAGUAUUGCCCAAGGCAUGAGAUGGAGUAGAAAGUCUAUGAGUAUUUAUUUAUUCGGCCCACAGAAAGAAAUUUUACAAUUUAUUAUCUUUGUAUAAUAAAUAAUAAACACUAUACGAUAUGAAUAAAUUGUGUACAUUUCAAAUUAA